AUGUGGGCAGCUCGGGGUCCGACCGCCGGCACCCUCUUUGCUCAGAGGAAGGGGAAGGGGGACUCGUACGGAGGAGGAGGGGGUGCGAGGUCGCGGGUGUGGAUGCAGGCAGCAGGGAGCCGGCAGCGCAGUCCCGGCGGCCUCCCCCGCCGCCGCCGCAGGUGCUGUGCCCGCGGCAGGAGCGGCGCCCCGGGCUCUCUGCCCGCCCCGGCCCCGCGGCCGCGCUCAGCAGCGGCGGGAGCGGCCCGAGCCGCGGGGAGCGCCGCCUGGCAGCGGGAGCUGGCGCUGGAGGCCGGCACUGGGAUUUGUAGAGCCGGUAGCAGCAGUAGCAGCGAGGCUUCCUCCUCCCGAGCGGGGUCCCGUCGCGGCGAAAGCUUAGAUCCAAGCGGGAGCGCGGCGGGAAGCUGGGCCGGUGUGGGAGCGCCCGCUCCGGCUGGGCCUGGGCGCGCCGGGUUCCCCGGGCGCCGGCGGGGCUGGGUGGGGGCGCGGGGCUGGGCGAGGCGCGGGGGGCGCCGCACCCGCGGACGGAGCGAGCGCGGAGCCGGACGUGCGGACGCGGGGGCUUUGCCAGGGCGAGUCGGCGCCGCAGAUGGAUUUAUAGGGCCCUUUGGCAGUGACGCGCCCUCCGCUGAUUCGCUUUCAGACCCAAACACACGCUGGCCCCCCGCACCGGACCCCGCGGAGCCUCCAAAUAUCUCCCGGCUGAAGUCACCGGCCCGACAUACCGUGGGCUGCGCGGCCGCCGGCGCAGCCCCGCGGCACCCGCUGGCCCCGCGGCGGCGGCGGGGCCGGGCCGGGGUAACCCAACACCCCGUCCCUCCCCAGCGCUCGCGCGGACGGACGGACGGACUGACGGACCGAUCGACGGCUGGCGGCGGCGGGGAGGCCGCCCCCUCCUCGCCCCUCGCCGGCCGCAGGUGCCGCCACAGCCGCGAGUCCCCCGCGGAAGCCGCAGUGCGGGGCGCGGGAUGCGGAACCUCCGCGCAGCCCGGCCCCGGCGCGGGGGGUGGCGGUGCUGGUCGGACUCGCCGAAGGCCGCGGCAAAGUCGCUGUAAACAGUGUCGACUUUCAGCCCUGCGCCGUGUAUUUAUGACUCACGCAGUUGUCCGGAGAGGGGACGGGAGAAGGAGAAGGCGUUUCAAGAAGCUGUGCUUGGUUUGGGUCAGUGAUACUGUUUCAGGUUGCGCUACCUCUGCCACAAAAUUAUCGGUGUGCGGUUGUGAGAUGGGUGCUGGAUGGAAGCACAGCGUGCACCCACUGCUCUGUGCACAGAAAGCUUUUCCUGGCUCCCACCCUGAACGGAGCAGAGGGAUGGAUACAACGUGGUGCCUCCAUUAAAGGUUGGGGGCUUUGGCAUGCUGAAAUGAACGCCUUGGUUACGCCGUUUGUCGUGACGCAGAGUCCUAAUAUCUUAAGUGGAAGAUCAUUAACUGAAACUUUACUGCAAAUAUUGGACAAAAUGAGCUCAACACAUUAUUCUUUUGCAUGGGUUGUGUCAGUGCAAAGCCACUAAUUUUCUUUAAAUAACAGAAGGUAAUGAAGCCAAGACAGAGAUUGUCCAUCUAUAAUACUGCAGGAGUUUAUUUUUCCUUGCUAUUAAAAGCUGC